AUGAUGGAAGAUGGUGAUUGCGAUUUUUCAGAUAUGAACGAUCACUUUUGUUGCAGGAAACUCGAGGAUGAUGAUGAUGAUGAUGAUGAAAGACAUGAGGGGAACAAGGCAAAGUCAAGUGAGAGCUCAGGGAAUAACAGUGUGGUGGAUCAAGUAGAGGGUGAGAAGAUGGAUGCAUCUACUCGAGUAAGGCAAUAUGUUAGAUCCAAGAUGCCUCGAUUGAGAUGGACUCCAGAACUUCAUCUCAUAUUCGUGCGAGCUGUGGAGCGACUCGGUGGUCAAGAAAAUGCAACUCUUGUUUAG